CUCGCGGCAUCGGUCGCGCUUUUUAACCUGGGACUAAUUAAAUAAAAAUGUAGCAUUAAUUUUUUUCUGAAAUGGUAAACUGCGUCGUAAAAAAAUGUGCUAGUCAAUCCUCUAAAAAUAAAAAGCAAGAUGGAGUCACGUUUCACAUAUUUCCGUCUCGCCACCAACACAUGCAGCAGCUGGACAAGUGGGUCGAUGUGAUCCGCGUGAGCCGCAAUGACCCCACCUGGCUCCCCGGCUCCCGCACCGUCAUCUGCUCCAUGCACUUCCACGAUGAUGACUUCUACACCACCAAGAAAGGGCUACGACGGAUAAAAAAGAACGCGUACCCCAAGGUCGUCUACACACUGCAAAAACAGAAUGUAUUUCAUGAAGUAAAUGAGGUAUAUAGCACUCGGCACUCGGCAGUACACACUGACGCACUAGGUCCGACAAACGCCGCCAGUAUAGCUCGGGCAGCCGCGCCGGUUUCGCCGAUUUCUGAAAUGCCGUCCUGCGUGGUGAAAUGUUGCAAAAACUACAUCAGUAAAGUCAAGAAGCCCCAAGGAAUCACCUACCACGUGUUUCCUAGAAACAAAAGAUUGAAGGACAGCUGGAUUUUAAUGAUUCGGAAAGCCAGAGGGGAUAGCGACUGGAACCCAACACCGUUCAGCACGGUCUGCAGCGCCCAUUUUGAUGAACAAGAUUUUAUGAUCACACCAAAGGGGCUCCGUCGUUUGUAUCCAUGUGUCAUUCCAAAAAAUCUACUUACGGACCCGGAAACAGAUACACUGAGCAGGUUUUCACCAACACGGCAGAUCUCGGAGUCGUCCAGCGUGGAACAACCCUCGUGCUCGUCCUUCGCCGACUCCGACAUGGAGCAGGAGCACCCUGAGGAAAAAUUGGAUCCGACGACGUUUAUGGAGAUCAAGCAGGAGGUUCUGUGGGGCGGCGAGCAGAGCUCCAAGGAGCCGGGCGCAGCUCAGGCGGAGCAGGGGGCCGGGGAAGCGGCGCCACCCCGGGGGGUGCUUGGCGAGCGGGGGGAGCGGGGGAUCCUGGAGGAGCUGCGGCGGGAGAUGGGCACGGUGGCGCGGCGCGACGAGGUCAGCUCGGGACUGGAGGAGAUCCGACAGGAGAUCAGGGGGCUGGCGCAGGGGGACGAGUUCGACGCCUUCGGGCGGUACGUGGCCUCGCUGCUGCGGAACAUGCGGCCGCGCCGGGCCAGCCACGCGCAGCCGCUCCUCAUCAACCUGCUGGCCGCCGAGAUGAUGAAGCAGAACGAUGAUGACUUGGCCUAGUUCGUGUCCUCGACGUUAUGAGUCUGAAAACUCUACAGUUGAAUACUUUCUACGAGGCCAGGUGGAACGAAACAAUGUGAUAAUGUUAUGUACUUUAGGAUGUAUAUUGUAUAUAAUAUGUCCCUUGAAUAUGUAGAGCUCAUUGUGCAAGUUGCAGCUCUACAAAGUCAUGAAUUUAUUUGCCUAUACAGAAUGCAAAUAAUAUAAGUUACUAUUUCAGCGCUGCCACUGUCACAGUAAAGUGUAAACUCUAUACAGGUGAGCCGUGAGCGGUGCCGCAUAAACGCCCUACACUCUACAGUAUUAUCAUUGUUUUGUUACAUCCUUAAGGGCGGAUUCGACCAA